GUAAAAGACGAAGAAUUUAAAAACAAUUUGCCCCCAAAACGAUCGCGAUGCUCUGCGGGCCGGACUUUUCCGACAGCGAAGACAGCCUAUUUUCCGAUGACUGCGACUACGACAACUUCAAGGAAAAAGUCAAGAGCUGCCGCUACGCCCCGGAACGGCCGGCCGCCCCCUUAACGGACGAACAAAAACGGAUUCGACGACUAAAUGAUCUGUUCGUCGCCAUCUCGGCGGGUAAUACCGUGAGUGUUGUCGAAGCCCUAAACGAUGAAUUGGACGUAAACGCGGACCUCAGGGACGGCUGGACGCCGAUACUAUUAUGCGUUAGCUAUGGCAAGCUCGAACUCGCCCUCGAACUCGUGGACAGAGGGGCGGACGUUCGCGCCGCGAGGCACGGCGUUACGGCCCUGAUGAUGGCAUGCAACUGCCCUGAUUCGACCUCACCCUUCGAGAAAACGCUCGCCAUCGCUAAAUUGUUGACCGAGAAAGGGGCCGACGUUAACGCGACCGACCGGAAACGAAUGACUGCUUUGAUGUUCGCCUCCAACUCGGGCAACCUGGGGGCCGUCCGGUACAUUCUGCCGCUGGCCGAUCGUAACGCGGUGGACAACCAAAGGUGGAGUGCUUUGACGUGGGCCGUGAGCAGCAACCGGACCGAGGUGGUUAAGUUUCUGCUGGACGAGGGCUUCGACCCGCACUUGCAAGACGUCCGAGGACAGACACCGCUAGACAUGGCGAAAAACUUUAACUUCGAGGAGAUUUUGAAUCUAUUCCCGCCCGACAAAGAAGACGUCGUGUACGAGGUGGUCGACAAGAACAGAUGCUCGUUCGAAGAUCACUUCUCAAGACUCGACAUCGACGAACGGCCGCGGUUUUUCCUGGACGUGUGCGACAUGCUACAAGCCACAGGGUGCCGCUCUUUGGUGCCUCUAUUUUACGAGAAAAACGUCGGUUUGUACGAAUUUCUGCACAUGAGCGACAGCGAUUUGAAGGAGCUCGGGGUCGCGUUGCCGUUUCAGCGGCACAGAAUAAGAUUCGGUCUUUUCAAGUUCUACAAGCACCCGUACCACCCGAAAUCGAUACACCGUGUCGCUCCCGGUGGGCGUUACAGCAACCUAGACGUGAGUAUUCAACUUUUAUCGGCUGUCAAGCAGGCGUUGGCGAUGGACGCGAGCCUGGCUUACUUGAUGAAAAGCGCGCACAUCGAAGAAAUGGCGGAAAAAGAUGCGACUAGGUUACGCGAUACCCUGAAGAGUAUCAGGAUUAAAAUUAGGGGCUGCGAGCUGAUCGCUAAGCGGCUGGUGCCGAAAAUCGAUCGCUGGGAUCGCCGUGCCGAACCGCCCGACUUAAUAACGGGGGAAUCCCCGAGCUGCAGAUCUCGCUGGUGGACCAAAACCGCUUUCGUGUUGAGCGGCGCAUGUUUGAUUUUGUACUUAAAAACGAGAUAGCAUUUAAAAGAGUAAUAAAAACUAAUCCAGCCGUUGUCGUUGAUUUCGAUAAAACAAAGUGGUACUUUCGAUAUCUGUCCGGCGAUUUUUUAAACACUUGUUGCGAAAAUAAUGCACCGAACGUCAUUUUCUUUGAUUACGCGACAGAGCCUUGACAGAUCUAAGGGAGUAGCCGACAUGUAAAAGUAGGCGGUGCUUUUUGCACUAUUUGUGUUUUUAAAGUCUGUGAUGGCAUAGAUAGAGCAUAGCGGAGGGGUAUUAAAAAUAUACUGCCGAAAAUUUAUUAAAGCUCUCAAAAGUAACAGACUAGCUUUUACGUAUGGCGGUGUCCCCGAUAGGAAAAACGACAGUUCGAGAAAUAAAAAAAAAAUUGAUUUAUUAUGUAGGUCGGCUAAGAUAAACUACUAGAACUCAUUGUUUCUGGCAAUUACGUCCCCUGACCAUCAGGGGACGUAACUGCUAUUUGAUUUUAAAAGCUCGGUUUCCACAAAAUUUUCUAACAUUCAUCAUAGAGUGGUCGUAUUCAGCGUACGUAGCAAAGGGAGCGUGUUGAACAUUUGAAUUUACAUAGCCGUAUCGGAAACGUCCGGUGCAUCAUGCACUACAAAUCCAACAUUUCUUUUUUAGUAGCGAGUUUAUUUUUGCUAGGUAGCGGUAGCGAAGCGAUCGGUAUUGGCAAAAUUUGGUCUUGAACAAGGAAUUUGGUUAAGCUUUAUUGGACAAUGAUGGUGAGUACAAAAUUCCAACAUAAUAAAUUUAUGUUAUUUGUUAUUAUUUAUUAUUCGUAUUUACAAAAAAAAAUUUCUGGGUCCUAACAGGAAAGUUUGCUCGAAAACCCCACUAAUUUUCGAAGAUUGUAUGAAGGUUUGUCUUUUUUUCAAACAAACGGUAAUCUUUUUUUAAACGAAAAUUACACUGACACGAAAUAUGGAAAGAUGGAAUUUUAAGCUAUUUGCAGAAUGUAAUUUCACUAAACCGAAGAAAUAUUGAACAGGACAUGAAGAAACCUGAAAAAAAAACGACACAGGCAUCAAAGACAAUAUAGGGAAAACUGGAAGGGGUAGAAUUUACUAGGAAUAUUAUCACCAGAUUGAUAAAAUACAUAGGGAGGACAAAACACCUAAUACCUCUACAACGGUUCCUGGCAUAAUGAAAAAAGCCCCUUGCCAAAAAUAAGAAGGACCCACCCGUUAUCCCAGUGACUUCACAGAUGGAAACCGCUCCAAUCGGAGCAACAUGUGUAUCCCCCCUAAGUACCAAGGUUAGGAAGUCAGAGUUUAAUGUUUUAUCUACGCAGAAGGCUGACAAAUAUAGAGGAAGCUCGAGUACAAGAAAUUAACCUCCUACGAAGUGCCAUUAAAAGAAGUGAGAAAAUCCAGGAGGAAAGAAAUAA